ACCUGCACGGGAGCGACGUAGCGCGUCUCCCAGUUCUGUCACCGCCGCCGUCAUCGCCACUACCACCAACCAUCACUUGACGAGCGGCUCCCCUUCCAAGUACCACAAUAUCCUCCACGUACGGUCCACUCCAUCCACGUACAGUCCACGCCACUCACGAACACUUCAACCCAUCCAGGCACGGUCCACGCCACACCCAAGGAUUCUCCACGCAACCCACGUAUAUAUACGGACGAUCUACGCCACCCACCCACGUACGGUCCACGCCACCCACGUACGGACAUACCACGCCACCCACGUAGAGCCCACGCCACACCUACGGACGGACCAACUUAGGUGGGAUAUGCAGCAACUUCUAGAAUAAAGUUACCCCGUGAUCUGGACCACGCUAAAUUCAGAGAAACACUGUCUGCCACAGGACCAAGUUAUGUGAAUGGUGUGGCAGCAGCUCAAGGCAGUGUGUGGGAGAGGAGAAAGUGAGGGAAGUGUGAGGGACAGGAAGAAGUGAGGGCAGUGUGAGGGACAGGAAGAAGUGAGGGCAGUGUGAGGCACUUGGUGUAAGAUAGGGCUAAGGACAAUCACCAUGGCAGAGAGAGACGAGAAUGGCCGCCUGAAGCUGCCCAAAGACGGGUACAUACCGUUCCAGAGGGUCCUCAACAGGUCCAACAGAAGUUCACGUCAGCAGUCACCUGCCAGCCGCAACAGCCGGGAACCCAGCCAGUGGGGCAACAACAGAAGUGGAGGAGGCAGCAGCAGAAUCUCCCACAGCCACUCUUACAAUAACUCUGGCAAUGACCACCAACACGCCAAGCCCGAUGAUGUGACCCGCAGCCUGGGCAAACUGAACAUCGAGCGACACAGGAAGGAGAGGCGCCGCAGCCUGACAGAUGCCCCCCCGGCCAUGCCCAAGAUGCCCUUCAUACCCUUCCAGCGGGUGCAGCUCAGACGCAGGACCACAUUACCCCCGCCCAACAAUGAGUUCAGGCUCAGCAGCUUUACUGAGGAGCGAGGAAGGAGGCUCCAACGCUUCAACAACACCAGUAGUAUGAAUCCUGGUGACCCUUUCUCCUCGGAGUACAACACCAAUUAUAAGUCUCAAAAAAACAAACUUAGAGCCAGAGAGAAGCCCUCGCGCCACAAAAAUGUCUCUCAGAUUAACAAUGUAAUAAGGGACAAAGAGACACUGAAGUGGCAAGAAGGAUACCGCAUGGAGAGGAGGGACAGCGAAGACCACAACUACACACAUGAUGAAGAAGCGUCUCACGAAAUAGAGGCAAAUGGUGAAGUGUUGGAUGGAGAGAAAGGUGAUGAAGAAAGCCACCACUCUGCAGACAGCAGGCAAUCACACCAAGGAUCUAAAUAUUCUGCAGUUUCCAAUGACCGCGAGGAGACUGGGUCUGGUCACGAUGAUAGGGCUGCCUCUACCUCCUCAUCUGUAAAAUUCCCUCAGAUCAGGGAAUCUUCGUUGACAGCAUCAGACAGUGCACGAUCUGUACAAGGCUCUGGUGCUGCUCCUCCCCCAAGAAUGCCCAGCCUAUCAUCGCCCAAUGGCUCUCUGAGGUCCACUUCCCAGAGGCCGCUGUCGCAAACCACGGUGCAGACCAAAGACUCAUCACGAUGGGUGGAGGGCAAAGGAGCAUGUCGAAUGAAUCUGUUUUUUAAGAUUCCUCGGCCGCCAACAGAAAUCACACUCAAUGAAGAUAAAACCUCAGCACAAAACAAAGACAGCAAUGACAUAACAACUUCAGAACAGAACAAAGAUGACAAAGAUAAAAUGAGUCUAGUAAAGAGCAAAGAUACAACAAGUCCAGAAGAGAACAAAGACACAACAAGUCCAGUAGAGAACAAAGACACAAGUCCAGUAGAGAACAAAGACACAACAAGUCCAGAAGAGAACAAAGACACAAGUCCAGAAGAGAACAAAGACAGCAACAACACAAAUUCAGUACAAAACAAAGACAACAAUAACACAAGUCCAGAAGAGAACAAAGAUGCAAGUCCAGUAGAGAACAAAGACAACAAUAACACAAGUCCAGUAGAGAACAACAAAGACACAAGACCAUCAGAGAAGUCAGCACCAUCAAUCAGGUGUUGUGACACAGCUCGGUGGGUCGAGAAAAAAGGAGCAGGUCGACUUCGUGAAAGUUUUCAGCUGCCCAAAGUUGGCCACAUCAAGAAUGAUCCUUUACCUCCUCGACCCACAUCCCCAGUGCCUCAAAACAGUGACAAAUCUGUAUCUUGCAAGAAAAACAAGACCACAGUGGGUGACAAAUUAAACACAACCAUCAACUGUACCGGAGCACCAAGAAAUACCCUCUCCCGCUCUGUGAGUGACUCAGUGCUGUAUCUCCCCAAUACACAUGUCAACAACUACAACACACAAAUGAGGAUCAGGCAAAGAACAAAUGAGGUUACACUAUUUAAUGAGAGGGCGAUGGGCAUCUCAAUUAAUAAGGGGGCGAGGGCUAAAACAGCAUUGCCAAGAAUUAUCCUGACUUUACCUGAUGAUGUGCAUGGCAGCCAUUCCCGACUGAGGAAGCCCCAAGACACUGCCACUGAGAAGGGUGCACAGAAAGGCAGCAAAAGGAUGACAAAAGUCCUGAGUUUACCCAAUAUCCAAGCCAAGGUUAACCUGCAGCCACGACCACAAACCGCAAGGCUACGAAGAGACAGAAGACAACAGGUACCAGAUCAUCAACAAAUGGACGGUCUGUCCCACAAUAAACUAUCAGUUCCCUUGCACAUAAAUAAAACACCAAAAACUGAAAAGAAAAUACCAGUAACCAAGACAUCCAAUUUUACUCUUGAGACAACAGCACCACAAAACAGACAACGGUCAAGGAGGCAUCUUACAAGACGAAACUCGGACACCUCAGUACUGAGACAGAAGCCAUACCCUACAACUCGGAGAAGAAACUCAGUGCCCACUGUCAGCAGGCGUAGCCGGCGUUUCAGCAAAAGUCCUCGAGCAUCAGCCAGGAAGAGUUAUGAAGGCCAGGAGCUGACAGGGCCAGAGACUUUAACAUGGAAGAACCAAGAGGUGCAGCAGGGGGCUAUGGUCAAGUCCCACAUAGAGGCCAUUCAGCUAGAAAGACAACAAAGAGAACAGCGCUUCACACACUUCCUGGGACCCUCAGUCACCAAGCCAGGUUGGUACAGGGUACCUCCUUCACUCUUGCCUCAGCUAUACAGUACACUGAGACUAUAUAAGAUAUAUUCCAUUUACUGUUUAUAUAUUCACAACAAGUGUUUUAGAAACAACAAGUUGUUCAUACGACACCUGUACGGUUGCAGCCUUUUCAUGUGCAUAUGUUAUUGAGAGUUUGGUUUUCAUAACUAAUUUCACUAAGUACAGUACUGUACACUACAGUAUUAUAUACAGUACAGUACUCAGAUAAUCUGAAAUUAUUUUCAAGCAAUUUCUCAGAGAGUUAUGUGUAUAACUCAUCAAUGUUAGCUCCAAUAUUUUUUCAAACAAAGAAUGCUGGUAGUGUAUAAGUAAGGAUGAAAAAAGAAAUAAUAAUUUCAAAGAUAUCACCAAAUUCUAAUUCAUUACUUUUGUCAUGUGAGGCGUUCAGCAUUAGAAGGGGGUGAAGCGCCAAAUUUAUAGUGGAGAAAAUGCAUUUUAAGUUUUUCCAAGUUCAAACAACCAUAACUUUGUUGUUUUUUAAGCUAGAGGGUUCAUUUUUUUAUCGUGCAGCUCAAUCCCUCUC